AUGCCUCGAUCGUUUUUAGUGAAAAGCAAGAGGGCGGGGCAUCACUCCACUCGCUCCGCCCACUCUCAGCGUCCUGACCAAUCACAGGCUCUGGAGCUGCUGCCCGGCUCCUCCUCCCCCGACAGCAGCCGGCCGCCCGUGUGCUGGACCGAUAACAGCACUGAUGGAGCUGAACACACACCAGGGAACCAGCCUGGUGUUUAUUCGCCGGACCUGUCGUUGUCUUCUGCUGCUGUGGAGAGACCGAGCGAUCUUGAGCGUCUGAUUCAGGCUUUACUCUGUCACCAUCCGACGACCAACGUCCAGACGCCGCUGUGCGAGUGUCCGCUCUGUGCGAAGGUCCUUUCCUCUGCUGUCGGUUUGACAUCUCGCUUGUGCAAGUCACAUGUCAACAGGGCUGCUCUCCCAUUGGCCGGCUCCACGAGCCACGCCCAGCAGCACUAUGGGUACAGACAUCCAGGAAUCCUCAGGGAGAGGAGUUUUGGCUGUAAGGUUUGUGGGAAGGUGUUCAAGAGGUCGUCGACUCUGUCCACACACCUGCUCAUACACUCGGACACGCGGCCGUUCCCCUGUCCCUUCUGCGGGAAGAGAUUCCACCAGAAAUCUGACAUGAAGAAACACACCUUCAUACACACUGGUGAGAAGCCUCAUGUGUGUGUGGUGUGCGGUAAAGCGUUCAGUCAGAGCUCUAAUCUGAUCACACACUGCAGAAAACACAGCAGCUUCCAGCCGUUCAGCUGCCCGCACUGCUCACUCAGCUUCCAGAGGAGAAUGGACCUACAGCGCCACCUACAGACUCACUCAGAGAACCACAGCGGACUGUAUCACGGGAGCUGAGCAGCACACACACACACACACCUGGUGUAGGGGGUCAUGUUUUUUUAGUUGCUAAAGUUCUCUGUCUAAUGUUGUUGUAGCCUACAAAACAUUUGCUUUUGUGUAACUGCACAUGUUGUUGCAUUGUGAAAUGAGUCUGAAUAAUUCGUUCACAUCACAUACUGUAUAGCUUUAAGACCUGUUAUAAUGGGCUCUUCAUGUGUCAUGUGGUGUGUUCGUGGUUGUGACGUCAUAAUCAUGGGGAUUCAUGAGGACAUUUUUAAAUUAAAAUCACCGAUUUCAAAUGAAAUGUUGUUUUUCAUGUUUUAUGGGGACUUUAUGUCGAAUGAUUUUUAUACUGUACAAACUGCAUAUUCUGUCCUCUUACACUAAAUCUACCCCUAAACAUACCCAUCACACAACUUUCUGCAGUUUUUCAAAAAAACAUCACUUAAUAUGAUUUAUUAUGGGGACCAAAAAAUGUUCCGCCAAGGAUUUUGGGUAGGUUACUUUGUGGGGACAU